GAUAUCACGUAUGCUCUCUUCCUAAGCUUCAUUUCUACUUCUAUUUCUAUUUCUGUCCUCCUCGAGGACCUCGCUCUUAUGCCAUCCCAAUUCCGCCACCACCGGAGCCGAUCACCAUCAUGCCGACCGCCGCUGCCACCGUCCCUAUCCACGGGCCCGUGGACCUCCUCACUCGACUGGACUCACCCGACCCGAAUACCAAGCUCAAGGCACUCAGAGAAAUAAAAAAACCAGGUAAUCGGUAAUCGCACCAAGAAGCUCUCUUUCCUCAAGCUCGCCGCCAUUCCAGCUGUCGCCUCUAUCCUCUCCUCCGCCGCCGCCGAAGCAGACUCCCAAUUAGCCAAUGCUGACGUCAGCUUCACCAACAUUAUUGUCCAGUCAGCUGCGGUUCUUGGCAGCUUCGCUUGCGGCUUCAAUGCCGGCGUCCGAGCGGUCCUUAACGCUGACGUUUUUCCUAGCCAUAUUCGGAUCCUCUCCAAUCCCGAUAAGAAAGUAAUCAUGCUCUUUUUUUAUUGAAAGCUUUAAAAUUUACUGACUGGGAAUCUUAUUUUGUUUAGAAAGGAAUUUAAACCAUACAUAAACUACUUAUCGGUGCUAAAUAUUGAAAAUUUUGUGUUUAAUGCGUAAAUUUGCUUAUAAUAAUGCUGCAAUUUCAUAAAAUCACUGCAUUUAUGGAGUUUGUGCUUGGAAUUUCUAUAUAUAAAUGUUUAAUGUUUAUUUUUUAAAGCUGCGUUUGAUUUCAGAAAGACGAAAAAGAGUGGAUAUAAUCAGUGCAAUUUUUUCUCUGCUUACUGAAGGAGUUCUUAAUCUAUGACUGAUUAUGUAUGGUUAAUUUGAAAUUUGUUGGGAAUUUUCCUUUCGUAAGGUAAAUGGGUUUUGUUUGACCUUCAGGUGGUGGGUGCGAGUGCUCUUUCACUUAGAGUGAUUUAUCAUUCGAAAUUGGCACCGAAGUAUGAGUUUGUUCAAGAAAAAAAAUAUGGAAUUCCUUAUUUCUUUACUUAAUAGCGAUAAUGAAAAUGUUACUGGACUCGGUGCAAGUAUCAUUACACAUUCUUGUGAGACAAGUGUGGAGCAAAGGGCUUAUGUGAUGCUGGGGUUCUAAAAAGUUAAUUAGCCUCCUUGAAGGUUCUAUAAGUCAGAAAAAUGCUAGUUUAGAGUCGCUGCCUGCAGUCUUUAAGAACGAUCCUGGGGUCAUCUCUAAAUUCACGGGGCUUAAAAAUGAAUAAGCUUUUGAAGGCUCUUAAAGUCAGAGAGAUGCUAGUUUAGAAUCUUUGGCCACAGUUCUCAAGAACAAUCCUGAAGCUGUCUCGAAUUUUGUGGGACCAGAAAGUGGGAGUGUUUUAAGCUCUAUAAUUGAAUUAACAAGGGAUAGAUAUCCCCAGACGAGGUUGCUUGCCUGCAUGUGCCUGAUUGUCAUAAGAAUGCUUCUCCUAAUUAUAUGCAAGUGACUAUUCCACUGCUGCCAAUUUGCAACUUCUGAUAUACUUCUAGUUACACAGGUCUUGAACCAAGUGAUUGAUGCGCACCUCUGCUUGUAUUUGCUUAAGAAGUGUCACUCGCUCAAUCAAGGAAUGCAAUAUGAAUGCUAAGUUCAUUAUUUGUAAAGCUGAAUGUCUACGUCUUGAUGAUAGAAUGUCAUUCGGAACUUGUGUGCAGGUUACUGCAAGAAUGAAAUGCUUGUUUUCCCUUGGUCCAGCUUUUAGAUGACCCCUCUGUGUCUGUCAUCCUUAUCCACCAUAUUUGGAUAUAAGCUUAUCAAUGGUAAUGAAUUUGUCGACUACAGCAUUGCCUUAAGUUAAACCCCCAUAGCACCCUGUUUUUCAGGUUGCACUUGGAAUUAUUAGUAACUUAUUGGUUGAUUUUACAACUCGUAAUUUCACAUUUAUAUAAUGUGGAGGUGUAAAACAGUUGGCUCAGUAAACAAAAUCAGUGGACUCGACUGUCAGGUUUAAUGCAUUAUGAUGUUUCUGGCAGAUUAUAGAUGUGAAGAAGGAACAUUUUUAGAGCUCACUGAUUCCCCUUGUUGGAAAGCCUUAUUUAUGGUAAUGAGUAUAGUUUCUGCAACUGUUAACCUUAUGGUGAUUUGGUCCGUUCAAGCAUAAUCCGGUAUCACAAUUGAAUUUGCACCACAGACCCUGAGCCUUGUGUUCAAGAGCAAGCUUUGGCCCUUGUUCGGAAUCUUGAUGAUGGAUGUAUAAAGUCCAUUGAGUAUGUGUUUGCUGAAGAUGGUAUUCUAUUAGAUGCUGUUGGAAGGCAAUUACACAAUGCUCCACACGAACUUGGAAUACAGGAGACUCCAACACUACCACACAAAUAGUCACAUUGCAGAGUGACACCUCCAACUUCUCUGCAGGAAUAAAACUUGAUGAGAAUAACUAUUCUCUAUGGCAUCAAAUCAUAGAGAUGAAGAUAGCUGGGCGAGAAAAGCAUGGCCAUCUGACUGGUGAUAUUGCCCAGCCUGCAGUCACAAAUUCUACAUUUAAUAAAUGGCGAGCAUCAGACUGCCAAGUCAAGAGUUGGUUGUUUGAUGCCAUGCAGCCUAAUCAGAUUAAAAGGUUUAUUCGUUAUGACACAGAAAAGCAAGUCUGGGAUGCAAUCAAGCAAACCUAUUCAGAUGGUGCUAAUGAAGCUAAGAUUUAUGACCUGCACAGAAGAUCAUUCAUAAUGAGACAAGCUGGUGCAUCAGUUGCCAAGUAUUACAGUGAGCUCACUGAGAUUUUUCAGGAGCUUGAUCAAUUAAAUCCAAGCACCAUGGAGCAUCCAUCAGACAUUGAAAUUAGAUGGAAAGAGGUUGAUCGUCUUCGAGUUUACAUAUUUCUUGCAGGUUUAGACAAUAAUUUUGAUCAAAUUCGAGGAGAGAUUUUGAGGAUGGAGCCUAAACCAGAACUUGAGGCUGCAUACGCACAUAUUAAAAGGGAAAGUAAUAGACAGGGAACCAUGUCUGAAGUUGGUGCAACCAACGCAGCCACAGCCUUGGCUGCUGUCAGGGUCAAACAAUCUCGGCUGCAUAGCUAUAAUGUUGACCCUGCUCGUAACCGACCACCAAUGAAAUGUACCAAAUGUGGUUUAGAUAAUCACACGAUUAAGGGUUGUUAUGAGAUCAUUGGUUAUCCAAAAGGAUGGGUUCACAAAGGGCGCAAGAGGGAUUCAAACCGAGCAUCAUUUGCAUCUGCCCAAUCAUCUCAGGAGACUACAUCAGAAACUCUAUUAGGUACAACUGACUCCAAGGCCUUGGCCACCUCAGGUAACUCUUGCGCAUCUUCACUUACUUGUAAUAGAUCAUGGAUUAUUGACACAGGUGCCACUGAUCACAUGACAUCUAGUUUUAUUGGGUUACACUCUGCCACACCUUCCAGCCAAACACAUAUUGUCAGUGCCAAUGGCACCACCUCCCGAGUUAUAGGAGAAGGGAUCUUCUCACCAGGGCCGUGAUUGGAUGUGGUACUAGGAGGGGAAAAUUAUAUUAUCUGGACUUGACAGACGACACUAAUAAGAGAUUGAGUCAUGCACAUCAUGUGAGAGGAGGUGAGUCCAUCAGAAUGAAGAAAAUUUGGUUAUGGCAUCGACGAUUAGGGCAUGCCUCUUUUGGUUAUCUGAAACUUCUAUUUCCAGAUUUGUUUUCUCAGUUUACUGAAUCAGACUUUCAUUGUGAAACUUGCAUUUUGGCGAAAAGUCAUCGCAUUUCUUACCCAUUAAGGUUGAAUAAAAGUUCCAUACCUUUCAUG